AUGGUGGCCAAGAUGUUUCGCAGGACGAAAAGUGAGGCGGUGCUUCAGGACAAUGCUACCUUGAAGAGGUCGAACUCUCUCAAGGAGCUGAUGAACAAGUCUCCUGCACCCAAGGUGCGAAGGUCCAGCUCGGUGACCAACUUGUUGCGCCGCAGCAGUCUUCGCAAGAGCAACAAGGAUGAGAAACCGGUCGAAACCGUUGAACUUUUCGACUCUCCCAAGAAGAGCAAGAAGGGUCGCCGUUUGUCGGGUAAGGCCUUGUCCAAGUCUUUGAGGAACCUCUUUUCUACCUCCAAGUCCAAGUUGAACAACAAAGAGGAACCAGUGCCCCUGGUCGAGGUGUCUCCUGCUACCCCCAACAGGACUGUUCCCGCUGCCUUUGAAGACUCGACUCGCACGGCCGACAUGACAGACUCUUUCGAGACUCGAUCUGGCGGUUCAGACAGUGGCGGCUCUGUCACGGAAACUUGCUUGACCGUCACCCCGGAACGCCCCAUUAUGCUCGAAACUCCCGAGGAAGUGGACGAAAAGGUGGAAGUUGAGGGGCCCAUCGAAGAAGCACCUCAAGACGACGAACUCUCCCGAGAAGAACAGCAAGACCUCCAAGAAGAAGCCACCCGAGAAGAAUUGGAAACCACCCAAGAAGAAGAAGAAGAAGCACCAGAAGAAGAGAAGAAGGAAGAGACUGUAGACGGAUACGCUCUCGUUCCCUCCCCUCCUACCAUCCCUCGAGACGCGCUUUUGGACGGAACCUUUGAAGACUUCAUGACUCUUGAUGGCAAACCUGCCGAUGAGGUUGAUGUAGACGAGGUGGAAGCUCAAAUGGAGGCUGAUAACGAGUCCUUGGUUCAAGAUGAAGACGAGGAGGCCCAGGUUGAGGAAACCGAUGCUGAACCCGUCGCUGAAGAAGAGGAAGACGAGCAAGAGUUGGACCAACUUCCCACGGAAGACUCUGCCGCACCUGAACCGGAAACAGAAGAAUUCGACUUGUCGGUUGCUAGUAUUUUGGACGACAUGUCCAUUGAAAGCAUCAAAGAGGAAGCUGACGAGGAAGAACCCGAAGCCCAAGCCGUAGAGGCAGUUGUCGCGACUGAGGCCGAGGCACUGAUCUCCGAAGAAACGUUCUCCGCAGGAAGCACUCGUGAUUCGAUUGUGCUGGCCAAGGUGCUCGUCAAGUCCGAUCCGCCGGCCGAAAGCUCUUUCUCCGUUGUCACCGUGCUGCUCGCCCUUGUCGUCUUGGGCGUUGUGACGGCUGUUGUUGCUCACCAAGUGGAUCUUCUUGCACUUAACAUUGUUGAGCUCGAGAUGCCUUCUCUGGACUUGGAGAUGCCCGCUAUGAUCAGCAACAUGGAAAUGCCUUCGAUGCCUUCUCUGGACUUGGAGAUGCCCGCUAUGAUCAGCAACAUGGAACUGCCUUCGAUGCCUUCCCUUGACUUGGAGAUGCCCGCCAUGAUCAGCAACAUGGAAAUGCCUUCGAUGCCUUCGCUUGACUUGGAGAUGCCCGCCAUGAUCAGCAACAUGGAAAUGCCUUCGUUUGACUUGAGCGCCCUCGAUGCCCACAAGGAGAACGUGUCCGCCUUCCUCGACAUGGCCCAAGCCGAAGUGGAAGGAUAUGGCCGCAUUGUGAGUGCCUACCUCAAUGGUGCCGCCAACAACGAAGAAGCCGCCGAAAAAGUCGCUCGCCAAGUCAUUCCAGCCGUGCUCAAUCCUGCGUUGAUGCGCGAAGCAUGCAAGGGUGCUUACUGUGGAUUCGCCUAA